AUGGCUGGUUACGAAACCACAGCGUCCACGUUGGCAUUCUUAACACACUCUUUGGCAGUGCAUCCCGGAAUUCAGGAACGGCUUCGUCAAGAGAUCUUGGAAGUAGUUGGGGAUAGUGACACGGUCACUUAUGACCACUUAAGCCAGAUGGAGUAUUUGGACUGCUGCGUUAAUGAGACACUGCGUAUGUAUCCACCGGCAGUGCGCACGGAGCGACAGUGCAAUACAACCUGGACUUACAACGGAGUGACCGUUGAAAAAGGAGACAUUGUGGCCAUUCCGAUUUAUGCCAUACACCACGAUCCCGCAUAUUGGCCGGAUCCCGAGCAGUUUAAUCCCGAUAGUGGCAUCAUCGAGCAUUUUGAUUAUUUAGGCUUUGCUUAUUUUGAUAUUAAAGUGAUGAUGGCAUCUACCCUGCCCAAAUUCCGAUUUGAACGAUCUUCCCGCACAGAGGAACCACUAACUUUCGAAACCAUCGGUCUGCUGCGUGCAAAAAACGGAUUAUGGGUCAACGUGGAGAAGCUUUAG